ACAAAAACCUCUUGGGCCAAGCCCAGUGCCUUCCUGUCUGUCUCCUCUCCUCUGCCGCAGCGCCGCGCAGCUGGGAAAGGAGGAAAGCGAGAGGACAGCGCGAUGUCGGCUCCGGCUGCUCUGCCGGUGGGGUUCCGCUUCCGCCCGACGGACGAGGAGCUGGUGCGGCACUACCUCAAGGCCAAGAUCGCUGGGCGCGCGCACCCGGACCUGCUCUUCAUCCCGGACGUCGACCUGUCGGCGUGCGAGCCCUGGGAGCUCCCCGCCAAGGCCCUCAUCAAGUCCGACGACCCCGAGUGGUUCUUCUUCGCCCCCCUCGACCGCAAGUACCCCGGCGGCCUCCGAUCCAACCGCUCCACCGCCGCCGGCUACUGGAAGGCCACAGGCAAGGACCGACUCAUCCGCUCCCGCCCCGGAGGCACCCUCAUCGGCGUCAAGAAGACCCUCGUCUUCCACCGCGGCAGGGCGCCGCGCGGACACCGCACCGCCUGGAUCAUGCACGAGUAUCGCACGGCCGAGCCCCAACUCCCGCAGGGCCAAAACGGUAGCUUCGUUCUCUACCGCCUGUUCAACAAGCACGAGGAGGAAGCCUCAACUCUCCCAGGGUCCAAUUCGGAGGACUCGGAUUCACCAUCCACAUCGUCUCCUGCCAACCCGCAACAUGUCCAAGGAACAAUCACCCAGGUGGUAAAAGCCGAGAAUUUGAUCCGACCGGCUUCUGGCAAAAUGCCUCAUCUUCUUACAACUGUCGAUAACAAUGAGCCAACAGCCACUAAGGAAGAUGAUCCUCUUCUGGAUGUGUUAGCUCAGCUUCCAGACCUACAGCCUGAGCAAAAAUACGAUGGAUUCCCUACCAUCACUUCUCCGAUGCGUCCUUACACUGAUCAUCCUUUUGUUGGCAAUGUUGGCGGGCAAGAUCUUUCAGCAUAUAUCAAUAGUAUCAUUGCUCAUCAGGAUCUGGAAGACUUGUUGCUUAACCCAGCUUUGGCCAAGACGGAUGAGCACCCCACUGGAAAUGCUGAGCCCAAUCCUACUGCUCUACUCAUGCCAAGCAACAGCUCGAACAACAAGAGAUUACCUGAAACUAGUUGGACAAAAAGUGAUUCAGAUGAUGUGCUCCUAAUUCAGGGUGCAGAUGGCACGGGUGCUGCUCACUGUUCUUCUGCAACCAAAAUACUACAAAUGGAUACGGGUGAUGCUAAUCAUGACACAGGAGCCCAAACCAACUUGGCCUACAGUGAGUCAACUCAAGUGUCCCACUUAUACAACCAGUAUCAACUUCAAUCUGCGUACAUUCCUGAAAAUGAACCACCAAAUAGUGGAGCAUUGUGCCCUGCUGGCUCAUGGACUCCUUCCCAACAUUUGUUCAACAAUAUGGUAGAACCGUCCAGGAGUGACAUGACAAAUUCAGAUGCCUUUAAUGCACUCGAAGGUUGGGCAGCAGAACCCACGAUGCAGCAGUUCACAGUUUCAAACUUCAUGGAUCCACAGCAAGGAACUGCGGCAAGAAGGAUCCGCCUUGUGCACUCUGUUCAGAGGCCAUCAGUCACUGAACCUGUACUAACUUCUCAUUUGGAGAGUGAAGAUGAAGCUGGGUCAUGUUAUAGCACACACAGUUCAUCAAGCAACCAUAACAAGGAUGAUGCCAGUGUGAUCUCCCAAACUAUGGCUGGAGAAGCAAUGCAUAUUCAGGGUGGAGGGGUGAUACCUACUCAAGUUCUUUCUUCGGUGGAAGUGACAGGAAAGCUCCAGGAUUUCUCAUUUGAUGAAGGCACAUCGCCACAUGGUGAGCUGCCUCAUGGAGGCGAUCUCAAGCAGAGGCUCAAACAGGAACAUAGAAAGACCAGUCAGAAUGUCUGCGAAGGCCUGCAGCACAGUGAACGUGUGCCUGGAGAGCCAACCUUGAGAAGAAGAAGACAGCCUACACCAAUUGGUUCGGUUGUGCGGUUGCUCUGUCUGGCUCUCGUGGUGAUCCUUGCAUUUGUUGGUUUAUGGAAAUCUAGCUUAUGUAAAUCGCUGCUGUGGUAACUAUUGUAAAUGAUUCAGGGUAGUCGCAGCAUUAGUACCUAGCGUGAAUGGCUGGUCUCCAAAAAGAAAGAAAAAAAGUGUGAAUGUUUCAGGGUCUAUAGGACUCACUAUGCUCCUGUGUAUAUUUGCUGGGCUGGCAUAACAUAGAGUUAGAAAUCUCAGAGCUGUUCUGUAAGGUAGUUGAUUCAUACUUCAUAGAAUGAACUUGUGUACACGAGUUACUUAUGUAGAAAUUCCAUGCUCAUAUAUGUGGGGAGGUGCUUGUAGCUGUA